AUGGCAGGAGAACAGAAACCAUCCUGCAAUCUUCUAGAGCAGUUUAUUUUACUAGCCAAAGGUACAAGUGGCUCAGCUCUGACUGCUCUUAUAAAUCAAGUGCUGGAGGCUCCUGGGGUUUAUGUCUUCGGAGAGCUAUUGGAAUUAACAAAUGUGCAAGAGCUUGCUGAAGGAUCUAAUGCUGCUUAUUUCCAGUUGCUGAACCUGUUUGCGUACGGAACGUACCCAGACUAUGUAGCAAACAAAGAUAAGCUGCCUGAAUUAACAGUGACUCAGAAGAACAAACUGAAACACUUGACGAUUGUAAGCCUGGCUUCCAGAAUGAAGUGCAUUCCCUAUUCUGUGUUGCUGAAGGACCUGGAUAUGAGGAAUCUGAGGGAGCUGGAAGAUCUGAUUAUAGAAGCGGUUUAUACAGAUAUUAUCCAAGGGAAGUUGGAUCAACGAAACCAGGUGUUAGAGGUGGAUUUUUGUAUCGGCAGAGACAUUCAGAAGAAGGACAUCAGUAACAUUGUCAAAACACUCCAGGAAUGGUGCGAUGGUUGUGAAGCGGUUCUUUUAGGAAUUGAGCAGCAAGUACUUCGAGCCAACCAGUACAAAGAGAACCAUCACCGAACUCAGCAGCAGGUAGAGAUGGAGGUCACAAACAUAAAGAAAACAUUAAAAGCUACAGCCUCGUCGUCGGCACAGGAGAUGGAACAGCAGCUGGUAGAGCGAGAGUGCCCUCCACACACAGAACAAAGGCAGCCCACAAAGAAGAUGUCCAAAGUCAAAGGGCUGGUCUCUAGCCGUCACUAGAACAUACCAUCCAAAUGUCAUUCAGCUAGGAAUGACAACAGGAGGAGCAAAAAAGAGCCUGCGUCUCCUUUUUCAGUGGGUUCUGGGCCAGUUCCCUUCCAGACUGGCAAAUAAAAGCCCUGUUUGAAUACAGCUCCCAGUUAGCAGCACCUGGCUAAGUUAUGCUUUGCAGCCCCUAUUAAUUUUCAGGCUGUCCCUGUCCUGGUCCUGUAAAGAGAGA